AUGCCAAGUUCAUGUAAUGACAUUCGAAAAGCUUUAGCAUUAUGUAUUUCGAAUUCAGAUUGUAUGAAAAAUGGAAAUUCUGCAAAAGAAUGUUUAUCCAAUUCCGAAUUAUUAGAAUUUGUACCUUUACAGUGCCAUCUUUUAAAGAGGAGUUUAUAUAAUUGUAAAAGAGGAAUGCUUGAUAUGAGAAAGAGGUUUCGUGGAAAUGCCUCUAUUGGUAUUGAUAAAUGA